AUGUCGUCCGCCUUUGAGAGAUUGCAGCACAUUGCCCAGAUUGUGUCUUCGGGCACAGACAGCCAGAUGGCCAAAUCAUUGAAACCCGUCCGCCCUUUCCGCAUUGCCGUGAUUGGAUCCGGAAACUGGGGUACUACGGUUGCAAAAAUCUGCGCCGAAAACGCCGCUGCAAGACCCCACUUGUUCCGUCGGCAUGUGCCCAUGUGGGUUUACCAGGAACAGGUUGAUGGCCGUAACUUGACGGACAUCAUCAACGAGGACCACGAAAACGUGCGCUACUUGCCCGGUGUCAAGCUCCCCCGCAACUUGCGUGCCUUGCCCGACAUUGUCGAAGUGGCCAAGGAUGCUGACUUGCUUAUUUUCAACUUGCCCCACCAGCACUUGAACCGUAUUCUUGAUCAAUUGAAGGGCCAUGUGCGCCCCACUUGCCGUGGUAUCUCGUGCCUUAAAGGCUUGGAGGUGACUCCAAAUGGCUGCAAAUUGUUGAGCACUGUCAUCACUGAGCGCUUGGGAAUUGCAUGUGGUGCGCUUUCCGGUGCAAACUUGGCCCCAGAAAUUGCCCGUGGCCAGUGGUCUGAAACAACCGUGGCGUACCAGAUCCCCGAAGACUUUGCUGGUGUGGGCAAGGACAUUGACCAUUUUGUGUUGAAGGCUGCGUUCCACAGACCAUAUUUCCAUGUUAACGUGGUGGAGGAUGUUGCUGGAGUUUCUGUUGCCGGUGCAUUGAAGAAUGUCGUGGCAUUGGCUGUCGGAUUUGUCGAAGGUCUCGGCUGGGGCGACAAUGCCAAGGCUGCAAUCAUGCGUGUGGGUUUGUUGGAGACGAUCCGCUUCUCACAAAUGUUCUUCCCACAACUGAGACAGUCAACAUUCACAAAAGAGUCUGCCGGUGUUGCCGAUUUGAUCACAACCUGUGCAGGUGGACGUAAUGUCAAAGUUGGUAGAUACAUGGCGGAAACAGGCGAAGACGCUGAAACCGCCGAGAAAAAGUUGUUAAAUGGUCAAUCAUCUCAAGGUAUUCUCACAGCGCGUGAAGUGCACGAUCUUUUAAAGGCCGUGGGGAAGACAGACGAGUUCCCAUUGUUUGAGGCUACUUACCAGAUUCUUUAUGGAAGUGAGAGUAUUGAGAACUUGCCACUCUUGUUGGAGAACGAUUAA